AAUUGGUCCGGUGAAUGUUGCGCGCGCAAGCUUGGUACGGAGUGGAAGGUAGCUGGCGCGGGAGGCUUCCCCUCGUGUAACGCUGGAGGACAAGAUGACAGGAUCAAAUGAAUUUAAGCUGAACCAACCCCCAGAAGAUGGAAUCUCGUCAGUGAAAUUCAAUCCAAAUACAUCUCAGUUUUUGCUUGUUUCUUCUUGGGACACAUCUGUUCGACUGUAUGAUGUUCCUGCCAACUCCAUGAGACUCAAGUAUCAACAUACUGGAGCAGUACUUGACUGUGCUUUUUAUGACCCUACACAUGCCUGGAGUGGAGGAUUAGAUCGGCAGUUAAAAAUGCACGACUUGAACACCGAUCAAGAAAAUCUUGUUGGCAGUCAUGAUGCUCCUAUCAGAUGUGUUGAAUAUUGUCCAGAGGUGAAUGUAAUGGUAACAGGAAGUUGGGAUCAAACAGUCAAGUUAUGGGAUCCAAGAACACCUUGUAAUGCAGGAACAUUUUCUCAGCCUGAAAAGGUAUAUACAUUGUCUGUAUCUGGUGACAGACUGAUAGUGGGAACAGCUGGUCGAAGAGUUCUGGUGUGGGAUUUACGGAACAUGGGCUAUGUUCAGCAGAGAAGAGAAUCAAGUCUUAAAUAUCAGACCCGUUGUAUCAGGGCAUUUCCCAACAAACAGGGUUAUGUGUUAAGCUCCAUAGAAGGUCGUGUUGCAGUUGAAUAUUUGGAUCCAAGUUUGGAGGUGCAGAAGAAAAAAUAUGCUUUCAAAUGCCACAGAUUAAAGGAGAAUAACAUUGAGCAGAUUUACCCUGUCAAUGCCAUCUCUUUUCACAACAUCCAUAACACAUUUGCUACAGGUGGUUCUGAUGGCUUUGUCAAUAUUUGGGAUCCAUUCAACAAAAAAAGACUCUGCCAAUUUCAUCGGUACCCUACCAGCAUAGCUUCACUAGCUUUCAGUAAUGAUGGGACUACUCUUGCAAUAGCAUCAUCAUAUAUGUAUGAAAUGGAUGACAUUGAACAUCCUGAAGAUGGUAUCUACAUUCGUCAAGUGACUGAUGCUGAAACAAAACCCAAGUCAACUUAAUCUUGAUCAAAAACUUCUACUUGCUUCUAGCAAAACAAACUAAUCCUUGGAUUAAAUGAAGAUGUUUCAGUGUUGUUUUCAUUAUGUGUUCAUUUGGUAUAUUGUAUAACCAAGAACUGUUGUUUUUGUUGACCUGAUUUGGAAAUAUUUCUGUAAGCCAAUUCAUUCUUUUGAAAUGUGACAGUUGAAUUUUUGUACUGAUUAAUGGUGGCCUAAUUGUUUGAAUAAAUAUUUUCAACCCAUUCUCUCUCCCCCCCCCCCAAACCCGUACUUUCAGCAGCAAUGGUUGUAAAUGUUUAGUCCUGAAUUUAAUGAUGGCAUUGUUUUUUGUGUACUGGGCCUGUACAGCAACGACAAUAUGAUGAAGAAGAAACCAUUUUGACAACAGCAGGCAACUUAAAUUUGAUUGGCGUAACUGUAACUCUUCCCUAUUUAUUUUCUAUUGUAAUUAGGUUCUGUUGUCAGCAGGUUUAGGAAAGUAUCUCCUGAAACUUUGCAGGAUUAAGGAGUUGUAGCGUAAACUGAAGUCUUAUAGUUGCUGUUAACAAUCAGUGUCUGCCUUUGAGAAAUAAUUUUUUUCUUGGGAAAGAAGAUAUUUUGGCUUUAGACGAGCACCCCAGUUCCACAACAGAUAUUUGUAGCAGAUAGAAACAAUUGUUUCUACAAACAUGCUGUUCCUUGCAGGAUAUUAAUUUGAAAUAUGAUAAAUUCAGGAUAGCCUUGUAUAGUCUAUAUGGCUAGUAUUUAGAAUUUAUAGACUUUCUUAAUUCUUGAAACAAUUUCUAUUUACAAGUAGAGACUAAAAACUGAUAGUAAUAAAAUAUGCAAUUAAAACAAGUAAAAAUUUGGUAAUAAUAAUUGAAAACUAUUGAAAAUAACCAAAUAGUGCUCCCCCACCCCCCACCCCCCAGUAAAAGAUUAAUCCCAGACCACCUAAUGGUAAUAGCAAUUGAGCAGAACUUGGCUACAUUCCUGGAGAUCUUUGCUGAAGAGUCUGCAAGUAGAAAUAAACAACUUCCAUUUCUAAACAACCAAUACAGCAAGUAGAAGUAGAGAAAUGAGCCUUGUUAACCAAGUAUGAUAUAGGGUGAAGUAAAAUACUUGUUACUGAUUCAGUAAUAGUCACCAAGCCAAUAGAGAAGUGCUCUGCAUAAGGAAUAUUAUUAAAAUUUCCCUGCAUCACUAUUGAGGGUAGUGUAUUGAGCCUUGCUAGCAUGGGUGCUCUACUGUGGGUGGCAGAGGUGAUUCUAUGGAGGUAUUUCAGGAGCAUGAAAGGGGAAUGAAAGAGAUCCUUAAGACAAGGGAUUUUGGAUCUAUCAUUUUGUAAAUCUAGCUAAAGGACUCUGACUUUCUAGAUAGUUCUGUUGGGGCCAAGUGAAAAUAGGAAUUGAGUGGGGAAACCUAAGAAAGUAAGGUCUUAGAUAAUGUUUUUUCCCCAGUUGGAAAUUAAAGUGUUGGCAAAAGUAAGCAGAGCCAGUGAUUUGUCCUAGAAAGUUUGACUUAACCAGCAUUUCAAGUGGCAGGCUUUUAAGUGAGGUGGUACAGAGGGACAUCCUAGUUUUAGCCAAAGAUGGUCAUUCAGAGUAAAACAAGACAUUCUUAAGCUUCUAAUGAAUUUUGAUCAGAUGAAUAUCAGAUAUGAUAUAUUAAGAGUAGGCACAUUUCAUGUUAUGCAAUGAAACCCUACUAAUCUUUUUUACCCUUACUCUUGAAACAUUUUAUCUACCGUACAGAAUAAUGCCUAAAGUUGCAAAAGGGUAGGGUUUCACUGUAUGAAAUGGUCAUUAUUCCAAAUUAAUUGUAUUGGAUUAUGGAAUGUUAGUUGUGUGAAAACCCCAUUUUUUUCCAAAAAAAUUCUGUAAGCAUGACAGUCUAGUUCCAACCUUCACAGUUAGUAUUAAUUUUAAGAACGCUUGAGUUUUGAUUGUUACACAUUUUAGAAUGUUUUCAUCUGUGAAAAUUUUUGAUAAAUGUUGCUUUUAGAUUCCAAAUUAUGCCACCUUCUUUGAAACUUUACCUGAAAUUUUAUUUUUUGGGAGGAAGCUUUGGACAUUUCCUUUGCUUCUUAAACUUUGUUAAUCUGAUUUUAGGAUGCAUCCUUCAGUUUUUAUUUCCUGCUUCAAAAGGAUGAAAGACCACAUAACUGGUUUUCAGAGAGGGUUUGUGGUGAUGACAUUUGUCCGCCCCUGCUCUAGAAUUAAAAGUCCAUUUAACUCUAGGACAAGUUUGAUACCUCUGUUCAUUGGUAAUCUGUACUACACCAUAGGAUCAUCAGAUUACCUUUCUGUAAUUGUCCCAAUGCCCUAACAGUUUCUGCCUUGGUUACAUUUGGUGCUGUGUGUUUCAGAUAUCCCUGAAACUGUAUUUCAAGAAUAAAUUACUACCAACUAUUCUGUUUCCCUUCAAAAAACAACAGUUAUCAAUGCAUCACACUUCAGCAUUUAUUCCGUGAAGUCACAUUUAGCUUUGCUCCAACUCUAGUCUGUCUAGAUGGUCUUCAGAUUAAUGAACUAGAAAUGUAUUGCUUCUGUACUUUCAGAACAAUGAAAUCUUAGUAGUAAGGGUUAUUUUUGAAAUAGAAAGCCUUUCCAUUUUAUUCCCUUAUGAGUCAUGAAAAUUAAUGCAUUCCAUUUCUUCAGCCAUUUGCUAUUGCCACAAUUUGCAGCCUUUGAAAAUGAUUGUGAAACUGUCAACCGAUCAAUGUACUCUACUAUAAUACUAAACUAUAGCAUUAGUACUACUAGGUAUUAUAGGAAGCUUAUACAUGCUUUGCUGCAAUCUUUUAUACCUUCACUAGAGGCAUAACAGAAGGUCAAAAUAAGAGUAGGUGAGGCAAAGAAUGAAAUUCAAACAGGAAGAAAGUGAUAUAAAUAUAUGGGAGGAUUUAAAGGUGCUCAGCAAUGAAACAAGUCCCAGUGAAAUUCAAAUGACAGGGAAAUUGGAAACAGAAUGUGGGUUGGACAUUGAUCUAUAUAGCAGAUGCCAAUAUAUGUAAAUGCUCAAUUACCAAACCAAAUAAGUGGGCUUUCAGCAGCUAAGGAAUCUUUCUAACUAGCAUCUGUACCCUCAUGGCUUACAGACUGCAAUUAUAAAAAUAGUGGAGGUGUUAAGCAAAUGGGAACUUAUAAGUAAUAUAGCAAGGAAUCUUGGUAGGACAAAAAGUGAUAAACACUGGACAGGAUAGUUUUGUUAGUAAAACAUACAAAUACACAUACGCAUGUAUGAGGUAUUCCUUCUGUUAGGAAGCAAUUCAUCUUUUUUAUUCUCUGAAUAUAGGAAGGCAAAACGUCACAAACACUAAUAUACAGCAAGCUUGAUGAUAGGUUGAUUCCUGAGCAGUGUAACUGAGCUUUAAAAAGCUCUUUUAAGUGAUAGCCUUUUGGUGAAGAGCUGAGGGCUUUCCAGAGCAUCAUAGAAUCAUACUGAUCAUCCUAAUAUUCAUCAUCCCAGGCUGCACACUGGUAAAAAAGUUACAAGAUGCCUCUCAAAAGAUGAUGACCCUGGCUUUAUAGUCAAGGACAUCUCUAUCCCAAAUGUGCUGCUACAUUUCAACAAGUAGAUGUUCUGAUGAAUUAAUUAGGACAAUUUUAAUGUGUGUAAAAUGUAACAGCUUAAAUCCCACUGAAAACAGUCUUCUAAAGAAGGAAACCUAGGUUAAUAUAAAUAGGUUCUUUUUUCUUCUUACAAUGUAAUGAAGUUACAUUUUGUACCUAGUUUGGCUCAAGUAUAUUAAUGGUCAGAUUCUGUAGAACUUGUAAGCAUAUU